AUGGCUCCGCAGCCGGACCAGUCGCCGGCUCCGGCAGUUAACGGUACCACUGCUGAGGAGCAUCCUCCGAUCGGGCCACCCUCCGGUCUCUCCGUCAUACGCACCCAGUACAGCUCAGAGCAAUCUCUGCGGCAGAUGCUAAAGAAUAUCGGCUAUGAUGAGGCGCGUGAAGACACUCUACGCUUAAAAGGAGUCCAAUUGAUAGAUACCGUCCGUCAGAGUUUGCAAUUACCCGUCAGGACAUUUGAUACAGCCGCGAUAUAUUAUCAUAAGUUCCGUAUGAGGUUUCCAAGCCAUGAAUACGCUUAUGAGGAUGUUGCUUUGGCAUCUCUAUUUGUUGCCUGCAAGGCCGAAGAUACCAUCAAAAAGUCUAAGGAGAUACUUUGUGCUGCACACAACCUCCGUCAGCCACAUGAUCAUAAAACGCCAGACGACAAGGUCUUCGAACCACAAACCCGGGUUAUUAUCGGCCUAGAGAGAUACAUCCUCGAGACCAUUGGCUUCGAUUUCCGGGUUCAAUACCCCCAGAAAUUGCUCAUCAAGAUGGUUCGCAAGAUGUUUCCCCGAGAAGAUGCCAGCCAACAAGAGGAAGGGAAACAAUUCCUUCGUGUGGCCUACGACAUGGCCAUUGACAUCUACAAGACCUUUGCUCCAAUCAAGCAGACCAGUUUCACAUUAGUACUGGCAAUAUUGGAGCUUACAUCUCUUCUCUUGGACACAGAUGCCGAAAAGAUGAGGGCAUUCAAGGAAGCGGCAUCUUGGCAUAGCGAGAAGGCAGCUGUUUUCGAGACCUUGUUGGAUCUUCUGGAUCUGUACACGCAAUUUCCAAAAUCCACCAAGAUCGGCCUUCGUUUCGAACUCAAAAAGCUGAUGGACGUCAAGAUUGAGAUCAAUAAUUUGAUGACUCGGGAAAAAUACCAGCGUUACCAGGGCUGGUGUGAUCGAUGCGCGCCAGAUCCACAUGACACUAGGUCUCUCACUCCUAGCUCAAUAACAUCACCUGCGACAAAUCCUUCGCUUUCCGGAACCACAUCUGUCAAGCGUAAAGCUACAUCCACCGAGGGGACAAUGCGGUUCGUAUUUGACGCGGAUGAGGCACGAAAGGAGAAAGCGCUUGUCGACCGUUACUUCAUCGAUGAGUACGAAGAGCACGAGAUCGAGGUGGAGGAGCCCAUCAAGGAGCCCGAACCUCGGCAUAAUAGCAGAAACACGCACCCUCCACAUCGCGGCAUGCAAGGCGAUCACGGAUGGCCCGGUUACCAUCGGAGUAGCAGGCAUGGACUCCAUAACGAUCGGCAUCGGAGUCGAAGAGGUCACGGGUAUUGA